CUGCGGGGGGAGAGAGAGAGACCUCAAUCCGAAUUAAUUCCAACUCCUCUCGACCCCUUUCUUACGCGGGACUUGAGCCACUCCCCGCUGCAAGCGCGCGCCUCCCGCGCUCUGCCGGCGGCUCCUUGCAGCGGCAGCUGCCGGCACCGUCCGCAGGGGCUCCUUUCCCCAGCUCGGGGGGCGCGGGGAGCCGCCGCAAAGACCGGGACGCGGGCAGACGCGGGAGAUGGUAGUUGCGCGCAGGAGCCUCCGGGAGAGGCGCGCAGAGAGGAAUGUCGCAGGGGCUCCGGCGGCCGCCAGGCGGCGUCGCGGCGACACCCUCUCCGCCAGCUCCGCUUUCCUGCACGUUUAGCAAAAAGCUGGGACUUCUCCGAGCAGCCGCCUCCGAGCUGCUAGCCCGCCUGCACGCCCUCGCCGCCGCCGCCGCAGCAACAGCAGCCCAGUUUCUGGGUGCGCUGGAGAAUUAAGGACCUCCGCAGAGGUUUAAGUUUCCUAAUCCCAGCGCGCUGGGGGAAGGAGCUUGGAGAGAAGAAAGGGAAAAGGUGGGGGUGGCAGAAAGAGAGAGAGAGAGAGAGAGAGAGAGAGAGAGAGAGAGGGAAGGGAGGACUCUGCAAAGCCUCUUCUCCUUCUUCCCUUUUCUCCAUCCCUCCGGAUCGCCGCUGCCCAGGCAGCUCAAGCCCGCGGGAUCCAAGAAGGCAGCCCGCCGCGCUCGCCCACCCGCUCCUGCAAAAGCAGACGCCGCUCCCAACGCGUCGGGGAGGCUCCGUCCUUUGCCAAGAGAGUGGCGAGUUCCCUCCGAGGUAGGUGGCGGGACGACGGGGCAGGUUCCCGGAGCGGGGCGCAGGCCCCCGGGGACAGGGACCCGCUUCCAGGGGGGGGCGGGGCUGCUUUUCCCGGUUGAAACAAAAGGAUCCAGCUCCGGAUCCCUCGAGGGCAGCCCGUGUGGACCGCACACCCCAACCCAAGGCAGUGAAGCCACGUGUGCGUGUGGCCAGGUCUCAUCACCCCCCAAGAGAGACCCGGAGGACCCUCGCCAGCAGCGGCAGAAAGGUCUGCUGAAGUCGGAAUCGGUUCCUGCGGGCAGAAUCGGUGCCCAUCCAAACCCCCGGGGUGACCAUCAGUAGUGCCCUGCCAGCCCGGACCUUGGUGCUGCCACCCGUAGCCAGCGAGGAAACACACACACACACACAUCCGGCGUGCAAACUCAGCCAGCAUCCUGGCACCAGUCAUGACCAGCAUACAAAAGUGACCACCUAAGCAGCCAACCCAACUCGGGCUCUCUUGCCUGGCCAUUGGGGUCCAGCUUCUGCUACCCAGAACGGCUUACGGGUCCAGAACCAGCUCACGGAAAGUGGGUUCCCUGCCAACACCAGCCCAGAGAUCCGCCAACCUCAGCCCAGACCAUGCACUGAGCAAGCUGGCUCCCAGCAAACCGAGAAGAUAAUCCAGAAUUGAGGAGACAAGCCUAAGUCCUGGGUGUGCAUCGGAGACGGCUGUCUAGUCUGAUUCUUGCUCUCCGGUGCAGGCAAGGAGGACGUGCCAAGCCCACAGGGCAAGCUCUCCUCCUCAUCACCAGAAUGUCGGUGGUGCGCAGGAAGUUCGGCGACGAAUACCAGGCCGUGGUGGGCACGUCGGCGCGGCGGAAGCGCCAGCGCUUUGUGGACAAGAACGGCCGCUGCAACGUCCAGCACGGGAACCUGGGCAGCGAGAACAGCCGCUACCUGACGGACCUCUUCACCACUCUAGUGGACCUCAAGUGGCGAUGGAACCUGCUCAUUUUCCUGUUGACCUACACGGUGGCUUGGCUGGUCAUGGCCUCCAUGUGGUGGGGGAUUGCCUACUUGCGAGGAGACCUGGACAUGCACCACGGGCACAGCCCUGGGCACAACCCCUGCGUGGCCAACGUCUACAACUUCCCCUCGGCCUUCCUCUUCUUCAUCGAGACGGAAGCGACCAUUGGCUACGGGCACCGCUACAUCACCGAGCGCUGCCCUGAGGGCAUCGUGCUCUUCCUCUUCCAGUCGCUUCUGGGCUCCGUGGUGGACGCCUUCCUCAUUGGUUGCAUGUUCAUCAAGAUGUCCCAGCCCAAGAAAAGAGCCGAGACCCUCAUGUUCAGCCGUGCCGCAGUCAUCUCCAAGCGAGACGGGAAGCUGUGCCUCAUGUUCCGCGUGGGGAACCUGCGCAACAGCCACAUGGUCUCGGCCCAGAUCCGCUGCAAACUUAUCAAGUCACGACAGACGCCAGAAGGUGAAUUCCUGCCACUAGACCAAUGCGAGCUCGACGUUGGAUUCGGAACUGGGGCCGACCAACUGUUCCUCGUUUCUCCUCUCACCAUCUGCCAUGAAAUCAACGAAAAGAGCCCUUUUUUUGCCCUCUCGCAGAGAUCGCUACGGAGCGAGCAGUUCGAGAUUGUCGUUAUCCUGGAAGGCAUUGUCGAAACUACAGGGAUGACUUGCCAAGCCAGGACCUCCUACACAGAAGAUGAAGUCCUCUGGGGCCACCGGUUCCUCCCUGUGAUGUCGCUGGAAGAUGGUUUCUUCCGCGUGGAUUACUCUCAGUUCCACGGAACGUUUGAAGUCCCCACUCCCCCUUACAGUGUGAAGGAGCAGGAAGAAAACCUCUCUCUCCCUUCGCCUUUGAACACGCCGACAGGGAGCAACAGAAGCCGGAGGGAAAAGAUCUCCUCCCUCGAUUGCCUCGAUUUUUUCGAAGAAAAAGGCAACAGGCUCCCCAGCAAAUUCCAGAAAAUCUGCUCCGGGAAACGGGAGCUCCACAGAGGAGUCCUCAGCCUCUGCUCCAGCAACGUGGAGAAAGCAUGUAGCACGGGAGAUCUGCUCAAAAUCCAGCAGAUCACCUCCGUCUGCGGCACCGAAGACGGGGGCGAGAAGCUGAUGUCGGCAGCCUUCAAAACCAAAUCGGAGCUGCUGGCUCGCUCCACCGGGAACCUCGAACUCCAGCAAAGGCCUCAAACCUUGCUCACCUUGGGAGCGGCGUUAGAUCAUGAGAAUUUGCCUGCCAAGCUGCGGAAAAUGAACUCGGGACACCUGUCCUAAACAGGAGCGGAAGCCUAAAUGAGCUGCAGUUUUCAUUUAAAACUCCUGGAUUUCUCGGGUUACUACUGUGAAGACCCCCUGAGCUAUGCCCAUGCGCUAGCAAUGGCCGUCCAAUUUAAACGAGAAUUUUUUUAAAAAACACACAGAGAGCGCUUCAACCCACAACCCAUUGUAGUUAUGUAACAGGGGGUUGUUGGUUGCUUACGUGGCAGUGUAAGUAAGAAGAAAAAAUCUCUUGAAGAUACUGUUGGGUCUUCUAUUUUCUUUUCCUUUCUAAAGCAUGCCUAUUUAGUACCAUUUCCUCUGACUUGCCCCUUUAAAGAAGCAAUUGUUCUAUAACAAGAGUACCUCUGAGUAUGUACAGAGGGCUGCUCUCUCAAGCAACUGCAGCGUGUCCUUGAACACCUAUGAAGCUACACAAAAGGGCCUGCUUUGUGGGCUUUUUAAAGAAGCUACACACCAGCCACACCCCUCGGGAGCCUCUCAGGAACCCACAGAGAACUGCUGCUGUGCUGCAUGAGGCACCACCACCGAUAAGGCCCUGCCUCUGACAGACACACGUCUCGCUUUAGCUGAUACGUGCAGCCAUUGUACACACAGGGAUUAAAUGAACAUGAUCCACAGGAGUUUGUCGAAAAGCACAGAACAAUCUAAAGAGGGGGGGAUUAUUACAGACCAACAUGGCUUCCUUUGUUUUUUAUGUGCCUUGAAGAUUAUUGAAUCUAGCUGUUCGGAAACAAGAGCUACAGUCGAAUGAAGAUGGUUUUUCUACCACCUCAAGGGGGACUUGUGGAGGACCACGUGCCCUCCAGCCACUAGGUAACGCUACCAAAUUUAGCUUCACUUGACUUUAUCGCCUGAAAUAAAUCUCCGGCUUUGCUCAUAGGAAGACUGCCAUGCUGCUCUCCACCAGGUCAAUUCUCUGCCUUAGACGGAGACAGUGUGUUUCGCUUUUAAGGCUGGAGACAGGGUAACGGCUGGUUUUAGAAUUAGCAGAAACUGGGUGGUUCUCCCAUUGCCUCUUUGCCUCUUGCAACACCUAGAAAAGGUUAAUCCAACCAAGCUUGCCAUCUUAAGACUGAAUCUAGGUGCAGAAAACUUGGGGCUAAGCCAAUAGUACGUCUCCUCUUCUUCUGUCUCCCCACCCCUUCGACUGCUUUGCGUAGCAUCUCUCCCAAUGAAGGGUUUCUGGAGAACUUGAAAGCUCGCUCCCUAUUUUGUGGUUGGUCCGCCUAAAUAAAGGUCUUCUUGCCCGAG